CCCUCCUCCACAUCCACCGUCUUCCACACUGCGAAGCCCAAGCCUGGGUAUCAGGCCAAUUUUCUCUAUAUGCUGUGGAGAUGCAGAAGCUAGCACCCGACAAGGAUACUGCUCGUCCAGAGAGCAAACAGAUCCAGUUCCUGGAGAACAAGAUCAACAGACUUCGAUGGAUGAACGACGACCUCAACAAGCAGGUCUUCACGGCGAACCAGCGCGGCCAUCGCCUUGCUGCCAAGCUAGGCUACCAAGACCUCAGUCAGGCCGAGGCUGCUCUCGCCACUCAAGUCGGAGUGGACGCGUCGGAGACGCAGCAGAGCCAGCUUGAACAGCUUGGCCAGUAUCCGUCCGAGGAGCUUGCCUCUCACGUUCAAGAGUUACAGUCGGAGUUGACGAGCCAUAUUCAGCUCAGCAAGUCGACACUCAGUGUCUUGGGCGACGCCCUGAACGCGAUAACGGAGCUGAGGGGGGAGAACGAGAAGUUCAGGGAGGAGUUGGCCAAGGCAAGUGCGAGCGUGGCGGGCAAGCUCGAGGUGCAGGUGGGGCAAGGCGUGCAGAAGGCAGAGGACGACGACUCCAGCGGAGCUCGUUUGUCCUCCUUCGACACGGGCGAGCUCGCGUACGUCUUGGCGGAACAUGCUGCCCUCAAAGCCAAAUAUGCCGCUCUUCACAAGGCCAAGCAAGUGGCGGACGACAAGCACGCGGAGGACUACAAGCGGUGGAAGGAGUUCAAACAAUGGCUGGACGCAGAGAUCCAGAAGGCAGAGCGCGAUGAGAGCGCCGCUAAGCGCAGAAAGCUGAAUCAUCCUGAAGACAAAGAUGAGAAGGGCAGCAUUGCGGCCAAGGGGGGGCGCAAGACGAAGCACAAGAGAUUACAGGGGCGCGUGGCCUCGAAUCCGCGUUUCCGCUCCGAAGUAUCAUCGAGGAUACCGACUCUUGGACCGUUUCCCCCUGCUGUCGAGCCCGCGGUGCUCACUUCGAGGGACUUGAACUCCUCGUCAUCUGCAUCAUCAUCCGGCAAUGCGUUUCCUUCGAAGUCGGGGGGUGUUCCUCCUGUACCCCUUGAGCAUGUGAAGCAGAGCUCACCUAUGGUCGUCUCUAAAGAGAAGGAGAACACGCCGAGCUCCUCUGAUACAGAGCCUGAUUCACAACCUAUCGCUUACCUGUACCCCUCUCAACUGGAUGUAGCGGGGUUAUCCUCUCCGGCUCCGUCCACGAUCCCUCAGAAACGUCCGUGCUCCCCUGUGCAAGAUCGCGGUUCGUCCGAGACUGAAGUAGAGUCACAAGUUGCGACGUUCCUAUACCCUUCCCAGAUCACCCCCCUCACCCCAGCCCAAGUCGCCGAGAAGACUGCCAAACCGGACCCACCCGCUCAGCAAGCUCAGCAGCUUCAGACGCCGAUGUCCAUCGCACGUCCUCUGGCAGGCAAGUUGAAGCGCAAACACGCGAUUUCGGCUCAAAUGCCUCCGCCUUCUUCGCCUACGCUCUCAGACCCUUUCGGUCCGUCGUCGCGUUCGGCAGUAGAUACCAAGCCGCGACUACCCGAGACGCCAAUGUCGCGGCCGUCUAAGAAGGGCAAGGAACGUGCGACAGAGAAUGACGAGAAUGUCCCUGCCAGCUCCGACGUGAGCACGGCCGGAAAGAGGCACCCGACCGAUUACUCGAUGUACAAAGGUCGCGGGCGGUAUGGUCCAGAGGCUCAAGCGGGCAAGGAGACGAUCAACGCGCUGUUCGAGGUUGAUCCGGAGCGCAACGGAGGCGUGGGCUUCCAGUUCGAGGAGGUCGUGCGCGACAGGGAGAAGCGCAAGCAGCUGCAUGGUGGCGAUUGCGAGUGCUGUCGCGAUUACUACGAAGCUGUCGGACCCCUCCCUGCGCGCCUCCAGCCUCCCAUGUGGCGGUCUCCCGAGUCCUCUCCCUCCAAGAAGCCAGCGCGGAUAUCGUUUGGAGACGACAACGAGGAUGCGAGCUCUUCUUUUGCGAUCGAGGAGCAUAAGAACGCGAUCUCGCGCCACAGACAGGGAUGGGAGCGGCCGAAGACCCCACCCGGGUAUUGGAACAUCGGAUUCCCGACCACUCAAGAGGUUGAUGCGAUGAAUGCUGAGGCAGCGCGGAUGCACGAGAGGAAGCGGGCGAUGGUCGCGGAGGAAGCUGAGCGCGGGGGUAAGUACCGAAAACGGUGACCAGGCCAUCCAACUGGAUGCCCCUGAACUCUGCUUUUGGUAUCUGCUGUGUGCCACUAUGACUCUGGAUCUUGCUCUACGCUAUGUUCUAUGUAUGUAUAUGCCAUGACUUACCUUACGCUGACACUCCUGGAAUACUAAGCUAACGCCGACAUGGGCCAAUCGCAAUCGUUG